AUGCUUUCAGACAAGGAGGUGCGAUGGAUACCCUGGAAGUACCGCUUAAGCGCCAGGGCACAGGAAGACAGUCUCUUGGUCCGUCCGAGAAAACAGGCCGCUGCCAGCUUACGAGGACCCACUACGAUGGAGGCUCAGGCGGCCGAUCGCCGCUGUUGGGAAAUCAUUGCGGAUCUUGUUAAUGUGCACCAUUGGAAGCUGGAUGAUGCGCUUCACGAAGUCGCCGAGGUGCGAUCGGAUUUACACAGCUUGUUCGCACCCAGGCCCUUCAUCCCCAAGCCCAAGUUCGACCUCGACAACAGCUGGAAGUCCCGCUUUACGGGCAAUGGCCGUGGCGGAAAAGGCGGGGGUCGCGGGGGCAAAGGCCGUGACGGCAAAGGUGAAAAGGGCGAACGCUUUGAGCGCGGGCACGAAGGAGGCAAAGGCAAGGACAACAAGCAGGCCACACCCCCCGGCAAAUGGCUUUCAACCAUCUUUGUGGAGGGCAAGCGCCAAACCCUUUGCAUGCGGUACCAGAGUGGACAGUGCAAGGACCCUUCAACAUGCCGCUACUUGCACAGGUGUGCGGACACCCGCUUCAGCGACCAGCGGGACUCCGGGACAUCGCUGAAGAGGUGCCACCAUGUCGCUGCCCAAGCCAAGGCAGGCGCGGCUGUUUCCGGUGCAGCUACUGCACUUAGUGAGGGCUCUCUCGACUUUGCCACUUGUUUGGAACUGCUGGCACAGUACUUUUCCAAGCCCUUCGAUUCUUCGGCCCCAAGCUUGGACCCUGCUAUUGAAUCUUCAGAGGCCUACUUCAAUCUGGGUGCUUUCGCUUUUGACAAUGGCGCUCGGUCUGGGAUCUUUCAGCGCACAGAACAAUUUUCCGACGUUCUUCGAUUUCUCAAUGCCUGUAUGCAGCUUCAGUUCCCCGGAGCUACGUGGAGCUCCCUCUGCAUCAGUACACUUAACCAUACAGUUUCACUUGGCAAUUUCAGUGGCGGAGAGGUUUGGCUCUGCCCAGCUUUGAGCAAGGGGGACCGCUGGGUGCUAACAAUACACAUGCAAGGAGCUGCGCGCUUUCGACUCCAAGUGGAGCCCCGGCCGCUUCAGGACCCUACGAACGUGGAGCUUUUCCUGGACCUAUGCUGCGGUGAGCAGCUGGACAUACUGCACGAUGACACCUACGACCAUCUCCUACGGCUCUGCUUUUCAGGAAUAAUCCGCUUGGCCCACGGAGCACACGUAUCUCUGGAGCAGCCCACCAACGCCAUGUCAUGGCUGGAACCUUUUGUACAAGACAUGCUUUCAGAGAUACAAGCGUCCCUGCCACCAACCGCGGCACAGGAUGGCGGCGGCAUCUACUCGCUUCCAGACUGGUCUUUGGGCCCCAGGUAUCAGUCAGAUAGCUUGCGCGACCUGCGCAAGGAGUGGCAGCAAUGGCUGCUCGAGAAGCAGAUUCCGCUUCGGCUCCAGCAUCAUGUCGCCAACGCCUGCAACACCCCCCUCUUUUCCCAGGAUGAGACGAACUGGUUGCGGUCCUCUUUCAAGCGCUUCUCGGACGCACACUCCCCUUCCCAGGACUGGGACUUCACGGUGAAGGAGGGUCAACCGCAGCAAGAACGCCUCUUCUUUUACCGCGUGUGUCCAUUCGGGGCCACUUUUUCAAGCCACUGGUUUGCCCGCUUGGGAGGCUUCUUUGUGCGCUGCCUGCGUCUACUUAUUUGGCUGUCACACGUGCUCAUGUUGUACGUAGAUGAUCUGCUUCUUUGGCAAAACUCCCGCCUCUUGCCACUUAGCGCUUCUCUGGUCCUGGCUUUCUGCUCCUGCUUCAACAUCCCGCUUAGCUGGGGGAAACUGCAGAUGGGGCCAUCCAUAACUUGGAUAGGUUGGCAGAUAGACUUCCACGCUGGCUGUUACACGCUACCUGACGCCAAACGCUUGAAGCUGCUUUCCCAGGUGGAAGAAUGCCUACGGCAUCGCUUGGUGAGCCGCAAACAGCUGGACAAACUUUUGGGUUUGCUUCAGUGGAUAUUGCAUGGGCUGCCAGCUUUACGCCCGUGGCUUUGUACAUUGUACGAUGACAUGCAUAGACCGCUUGGCACCAAUGUUAGCACCAGCCCUUGCACCUGGCCAGGCAUCCACACCUACUUGGACGACAAGCUUCGCUUCACAGGAUGCCCACCGGGCACCAGCAUCUCGACAGGUUCCACUUUGCUGUCCGCUCGGCACAAGGCUUUACGCAGCAAGGAUGACCUGGCCGCAGUUCCUGUAAGUACAAAGCGUAUGUGGCUUCGUGUCGCAGACCCUACGUCUUCCAAACGGCGCUUGUCUGAGUCCAGCAGAGAAACCCUUGCUUUCUUUGCGCACUUGAGUUCCAGGGAAUGGCGACCGAAACCAUUGCGGCCACCGCCUACAAGGCCAGUGGACUCCGCUGCAGACGCUUUUGGCAAGGGCAACGACUGCGGGGUCGGCGGUUGGCUUCGCUUGCCAUCUGGACGCCUGCUUUGGUUCUCGCACCGCUACACGGUUAGUGACUUCACCAACUUAGGUCUGCCAAUGCAGCCCGAUGCCAACUUGGAUAUUUCCAGCUACGAGACCCUAGCACAAUGCUUUGUGCUUCUCGCUUUUUGGAAGGCUCAUGGCUCUGGUCGCUUGGCUCUGACAUUACCUGCUUUGAGCGAUAAUAGUGGUGCUGAGUCACUGUGUAACAAGCUUUACACCUCUAAAGUACCACUUAACCUUUUCGUUCGCAAGCUUUCUAUGUGGAGCUCGAUUACCGGAGUCACUCUGGACUGCAGCCAUAUCUCUGGCGAGAAGAAUGAGGAUGCAGAUUGGCUCUCACGCUGGGACGGCUCCGCCGACCUGCCCGAGCAGUUCAGCACGGCCAACCACAUUGAGCUCUCGCUUUCUAAGUUCUGGCAUGUGAGCUUUCAGGUGACACUUUGCCCUCCAACAACAUUUUUAAAGUGGCAGCUUCCUGCGCAACACAGCUUGGGCCCAAGUAACAGAGGCUCUAACAAGCGGAAGUAG